UAAUUGGUCUCUGCAGGCGGCUGGCGGGAGCCCCGAGUCAUCCGCUUAGAGCCCCGCGCCCCUCCCGCGCCGCCGCCGUCAUCUCCGCACCCCUCGCGGUGCCCUGCGCCCGGCUGCCACUGCCGGCUGAGACAUGGGGCGCCGCCCGCGGGGAGCCCUGGCGCUGGCGCUGCUGCACCUCUGCCUGGCCCAGGCCAACUUCGCGCCCCACUUCUUGGACAACGGGGUCGGCAGUACCAACGGAAACAUGGCUCUGUUCAGCCUCCCGGAGGACACACCCGUAGGCUCUCACGUGUACACCUUGAAUGGAACAGACCCUGAGGGCGACCCCCUCACCUACCACAUCACCUUUGACCCCAGCGCUAGAAGUGUCUUUUCAGUGGACCCCAAUUUGGGAAACGUCACUCUGGUAGAAGCGCUGGAUCGAGAGAGGGAGGAUGAGAUUGAAGCCAUCAUCAGCAUUUCCGACGGCCUGAAUCUGGUGGCAGAAAAAGUCGUCGUCCUGGUCACUGAUGCCAAUGACGAGGCACCCAGGUUCAUCCAGGAGCCUUAUGUGGCCCAGGUUCCUGAGGACACGCCUGCUGGGAGCAGUAUCCUUACGGUGCAAGCAGUGGACAAGGACACGGGUUCUGGAGGGAGCGUCAACUACUUCCUACAGAACCCACACUCCAACAAAUUCACCCUGGACCGCCACAGUGGGGUGCUGCGCCUCCAGUCUCGGAGCACCCUGGACUACGAGAAGGCCCGAGCCCAUUUUGUCACCGUGGUUGCCAAGGAUGGUGGAGGGAGGCUGCGAGGGGCUGAUGUGGUGUUCUCCGCCACCACCACCAUCACAAUCAAUGUGGAGGACGUGCAGGACAUGGCCCCUGUCUUUGUGGGCACCCCUUACUACGGCUAUGUGUAUGAGGACACUCUUCCAGGCUCAGAAGUACUGACGGUGCUCGCCAUUGACGGAGAUCGGGGCAAACCCAACCGCAUUGUCUACAGCCUCGUGAAUGGAAGUGAAGGAGCCUUUGAAAUUAAUAAGACAUCUGGAGCCAUCUCCGUCAUGCAGAGCCCUGCCCAGCUCCCGAAAGAGGUGUAUGAGCUGUUUGUGCAGGUGACUGAGGUCAGCGCUGCAGGGAUCCCAGCUGCCCAGGCCAUGGCCCCUGUCACCAUCAGGAUCGUGGACCUGAACAAUCAUCCACCUACAUUCUAUGGCGAGAAUGGCCCCCAGAACAGAUUUGAGCUGUCCAUGUACGAGCACCCACCGCAGGGAGAGAUCCUGCGUGGACUCAAGAUCACUGUCAAUGACUCAGACCAGGGAGCCAAUGCCAAAUUCAACUUACGGCUGGUGGGCCCUGGGGGCAUCUUCCGAGUGGUCCCGCAGACAGUCCUAAAUGAAGCCCAAGUCACGAUCAUCGUGGAGAACUCAGCUGCCAUUGACUUUGAAAAGUCUAAGAUGUUAACCUUCAAGCUCCUGGCCAUUGAAGUGAAUACCCCAGAAAAGUUCAGCUCCACGGCAGAUGUCUUGAUCCAGCUCCUGGACACCAAUGACAAUGUCCCCAAGUUUACUUCCCAGUACUACAUUGCCAGGAUCCCUGAGAACACCCCAGGGGGCUCCAAUGUGAUGGCUGUCACAGCUGUGGAUCCAGACACGGGUCCUUGGGGCGAAGUCAGAUACUCCAUCUACGGAUCUGGGGCAGACCUCUUCCUAAUCCAGCCAACUACUGGGAUCAUUUUUACUCAGCCCUGGGCCAAUCUGGACGCUGAGGCCACGGCCAGGUACAACUUCUAUGUGAAGGCAGAGGAUAUGGAGGGCAGGUCCAGCCUGGCCGAGGUGUUUGUCACUCUGCUGGAUGUCAAUGACCACUACCCCCAAUUUGGAAAGAGCAUCCAAGAGAAGACAAUGGUGCUGGGGACCCCUGUGAAAAUUGAGGCCACAGACCAGGAUGCGGAGGAGCCCAACAACCUAGUGGAUUAUUCUAUCACCCAUGCAGAGCCAGCCAAUGUGUUUGACAUUGAUGCCCGCACAGGGGAGAUUCGGCUGAAGAACUCCAUCCGCUCCCUGGACGCCCUGCACAACAUCACUCCCCACGGGGACCGUACAUGGUCCCUGGAAGUGCAGGCCAAGGACCGUGGCUCCCCAUCCUUCAGCACCACGGCCUUACUCAAGAUUGACAUCAUAGACACGGAGACGCUGUCUCCGGACCCCAUGGCCGCCUUCCUGAUGCAGACCAAAGACAACCCCAUGAAGGCCGUGGGCGUGCUGGCCGGCAUCAUGGCCACCAUCGUGGCCAUAACCGUCCUCAUCUCCACUGCCACCUUCUGGCGCAACAAGAAGUCCAACAAGGUCCAGCCCGUGAGGCGAGUGCUCCGCAAGCGGCCCCGGCCUGCUCCCCGCACCGUCCGCAUCGAGUGGCUCAAGUUCCGCAGGACCAAGGCCGCUGCCAAGUUUGUGCUCAAAGAGGAUCCUCCCAAUGAGAACUGCAACAACAACAGCCUUGGGAGUGCGCUGCCCCCCAGAGCCCCGCCACUCCCGCCACCCCCCAGCACGGCGCCCAACCUAGGCCUGCCCCCCUGGACUGUGCCUACCGUCUCUGGCUCCCUCACUCCUCAGCAGCCCCUGCAGCCCCCCAGGCCCACAGCCUUUGCAAGCCCCGUCCAUUCCGCUCUGGUGUCUGAGCUCAGGCAAAAGUUUGAGCAGAGGUCAGACAACAAGGCCUACUUCUAGAGUGUGUGUGUGUGUGUGUGUGUGUGUGUGUGUGUGUGUGUGUGUGUGUGUGUGUGGUGUACCCUCUUCUCCUACCCCAACUGUCCUGCUGCUUGGACCCUGCUCUCCUCCCCUUUGCUUCUCCCCUGUUUUGUAUACCUUAGCGUCAACCCCCUCCUCCUUACCCCAUAUUUAGGGCUCUGGACAGCACCUGGUCAAGAGAUCUCUCUGGUUAGGAGCGCCGUUGACCAGUGCUUCUCCAUCACCCAGGUCCCUGACACAGCUAAGAUGUGCUCCAUUCAACAGAGGCUGGGGAUCAGGAAGGAGCCAGCUCUCAGUGUCUUUUUACCAACUCCAGACCUCACAAUCCCUUGGUUCCUCCCGGGGCCUCAGCAUCACUGCUUUAAUAGUAUAACCCUGGACCAAUGGGACAAGGACAACUAGACCCUAGAUCCUGGAACCUCUGGCUAAAAGCAGGAGUUAGAAAAGGAAGUUGAGAGCUGGUUGAGGCUAAGGCUGAAGAUGGUCAACCUCAGCAUAUGUAUCAGGGAGGUCAAAGAGGCCCUGAAAACUCUCUCUAAGUGCAAUACUGUGCCUGAUGGCCAGGGGGAAGAAGAAGGAGAAGACAGGCUCUGGGCAGAGACUCUGGACUUAUGCGAAACCCAAGUGGGACCAGGAACCCUGAGGGGUAAGAUGGUCCCAAAGGCAUGAGGACAGGUACUGCUUUUGGCCAGAGCUGUCUUUGGCCAGAAAUGUCCAAGCUGCAGUACCAUAUGUACUAGAAGUGCUGAGACUCUCUUUUUAGAUGGGGCUGAAGCCAUAGUGGGGAAUUUGCUUUGCACACAGUCAACCUGAGCCCAGCAUGGAGUAACUCCUGAAUGCAGAGCCAAGGGUAACCCCUGAGCACCAAGGGUGUGACCCAAAGACCAAAUUUUUUAAAGCCCCUCUCGGUAGAGCUCCCCUCCAUGAAGACUGUGAGGGUCAAGGACUCUAAUGAACAUCAAUCUGGGAGACACCCGGGUUUCAUUCAGUUCUUCUGCUAAUGGGGUCUAAGAGUGGGAAGCCAUCUGCUUCUUUGCCUAGAAAAGGAAAGAAGGAAACCCUGUUUGCUCAUGCCCAGGUCUAGAGUCAGAAGUGAACAGUGGUGAGUAGGGCUUUACCCAAGCGCAAAAAAGCACAAAUGGAAAGUAUUUUUCUGCAGGCCAGAACUCUGGGGUGCAGCUCUGCCAAAAAAGUAUUAGGAACUCAUUGGCAGCCACUCUGCCAAAGACCCCUGGGGGCGCCAGGUUUGGGAGCCACGCCCUGUUCUAGGUAGCCAGAGCUGGAUGUUGGCAUUGCCCUGGACAUGCCCAGCUCCCCAUCCGUUUCACUGGGCAAUGCAUUCAACCUCAGCACCUGAUUUGCAGAGAUGUCUAAAGAUGAGUUUCCAAGGAAAGAGUGAUUGCACAAAGCUAUGGAGAUGGUGGCAGCAAGGACCUGGUCUGGGGGCCCCCAGCUUUUUCCUCUAGCUGGGCACUGGGAACCUGGCCAACUUGUGACAACAUCCCCCAGGAGAGAAGACAUGUAGGCCUCAAAAUUUCAUGCAAAGAAAUUCUGCCUGACUUUACUACUCUAAGGAAAGCUAAAAGUGUGUGGAGAGUGGUGGGGUGGGGGUUGGGGUGGGAUAAUGAAUAUAGGGUUUUUUGUUUGUUUGUUUGUUUUUUGCAUUUCUCUCAACUCUAAUAAUCCUUCUAGAACGUCAGCGAUUUCAUUUAAAGAGAUUAUCUACAUAGAGUUUCAUGAUUCCUGGGCCUGUAUUUUUAACUGUUCUUCAAUUGUGUCAGUGUACCAUCUCCUUGCUGGGGUUUCUGCUGCCCCGACCCAGAGAGUAUUAAGAGGGGGGCUUUAACAAACCAGGAGCCCUGAGUGAACAACCAGGUAUUUUGCAUCUGUAUUUCAGGACAGGCUGCACUGGGUCAUGCUUGCCCUCCACUGGGAAUACAGCAUCUUUACAGUUUGCAUGCAAUCAACAGUUUUUUGUAAAUGGUAAAUAAAAGCUAUGAACCGAA